AUGUCAGAGGCGGCUGGGGUACUCCAUCGUCGGAGAAUGGCAGGUCUCCGUCCCUCAUCGUGCCCUGCGGGGGCAAAAGUGUUAGAAUUAGAAUUUGUUGGUGACAGUAAUGACGAUGAGGAUGUCCUAACUUCGUGGACAAUCCCGGUUGCUCACUCUGCCAUUUCCCUUUCCGUAAGUGGUUGCACCAACAUAAUUCUGAUUCUUGUGGGAGCUCAUCCGAUGCAGGUUGUGGAUGAAUAUCCGAAGUGA